GGUAUAUCACUGUCUGUUGUUACAUCAUAGGUCUCUGGUCGUCAUUCCUAUUGUAAGUCUACUAAGAUCGUUGUAAAAAUAAGUUAAUGCAACGCUAUGUACUAUGCAACAGAACCAAACUCAACCAUAAUCAAAACACAACCCGCUUAGAGAAUCCGCUCACAACAAAAACGAUCGUAGACGAAAAGAAAAUGAACACCAUCCCUCGCUACCAGAAGAGAAGACCGCUGGCUCAGCCUUUCGGUCGCAAUGAGAAUCUAUCCAAUUUCUUUCGUAAUACAUGGUCCACUGGAACGCCAACAGCCCCUAACAUAUCAUUCGCUUCUGAAGCCAAGCUCCGCCUCGCGUCAAGUGACUCCGCGUCUUCAGACUCGAUAAGCGCCUUUACUGCGCGAGCGAGGCGAGAUUUGGGACCGACGGUCUCGCCAUCCGUAGACGCCGAACCCGAUGACUUCUUGUACUUCUUCUUACUCUUCUUUACCUUCGGCACGGCAAGUAACGGCUUGACAACUUCUUCCCGGAAGCGACGGUUUGCCAUUGAUGAAAGUGGGACGACGCGAUCUGGAGCACUGGCUGCUUCCGCUGAUGCCUCCGCAUGAGCAAGCGUUUCGGAUGAGGUACCCUCGACAUAGCCCCAUUUUGCUAACUCUGCUAGUCGGCGUUCUCGAAGGCGUUCAACGAGCUUUUCGCGCGGUUGCUCGUCUUCAAUCACCUUUAUGACAGCAUCGAGUAUGUCGGCGAGGCGUAACCAUCCACGAUCCUCCUCCACGGCGCGUUUUACAUAGUGUCGAUUAACGUAGUUUAGUAGACGGUGCACGGCGCCUGCGCCGGCAUGGUAUCGUUUGUAGCAGGGAAGGAGGUAAUGUAAGAGUUCGCUAUCCUCGAGAGGGGCGCCAGCAAGUAGUUCCCGGCAGACUUCAGAAUAGUAUUUGUCUAGCUUUUCAUAGAGAUCUGCGCCAUGAGGAUUUCCGGGAGGUGAUGAUGGACGAACGCCAUUUGCAAGGAUGGUAUCUGUACCUUCUAGACGUGGUGCAGCAAGAGAAUCGACGCCAAAACGACUAGCAGAUGUAAAAUAGUUGUAAACAGCUGUGUGUAUGCCCAUGUGAUAUGCAACAUCGAUCGCAGGUGCGCGGUCGGUGUUGUUUGUAGAUGAACGGAUUAUAUGGUCCAAGGCAGGCUCAAUGUAGUUCCAGAGGGAUGCGAAUGACGCCGAGGGGUUUGCGCUGCCUGCAGAUGGAUUUGACAUGGGUGGGAUGCGCGCGGGACCGGAGUCAACGGCCUUGCCUUUACUACUUGACGCUGUGGUCAUCGUCGCUGACAAGAAAUUCACGGACACGUGCGGAGAACGUACUGGGCGCUCUAAGAAGCGGCACCGUAGACGACGUUGUGAUUGACAGGGAGGCCUCAGAGAACAGCGAGCGUGGAGGCUGCGCUGUGGAAGCAAACCCAAGGGAGAAAACUGAUUGCUGCCGGGGGCCCGGCCGGAUGUUCAAAUAAGUUAACUAGUCAUACUUGUACCACACCGAGGCCUCCGAGACGAUAAAUUCAGCGACGACAACUGCUGUCGAGACGACCACGUUCACCACGGACGACGACGAGCAAAGAGCCGCAUCACACGACUGAGGCGCACCUGAAACUGCACUGCGACUUUAAACAUAUUCGGAUUACUCACUCUAGUGGACUGUCGCGUCUCCUGACGGCAAGGCCUUGGCAUAGUCAUAGCGUCCGAGAUCGUCAUAAUAUUCAUUAUGCGUUCCUACAGCUCUCUCGCAGACUUACAUAGUUCGGCCUCUCCUUCCUUCGGCCAUCAUCGCUCCGCCCACAGCGACAACAACGUCCUGCGCAUGUCGACGGCCGAUGACAUCCAGUCCCACCUCUUCAGCGCUUUCCUUUCGGGCCGCACCGCCGACGUAACCCUUCGUGUGCGCGGGACCUGGGAAGGCGUAUACAGACUACAUCGUGUAGUCCUCAUUCAGGCCGGCUUCUUCCGCUCGCUGUUCGACGGCGGCUUUCGUGAGGCUACAGGCAAGCAUGGCCGUGAGGGAGAAGUAAGCAUCACUUUCGACGACCCAAAUAUCACACGACCAGCAUUCGAAAUAUGCAUAUCACGACUAUACGGUGGUGGCCCUGCACUAUUCGUAGAUCCUCGACUUUGUCCAAGCAGGAGGGAGCCUCUCACAUCAUGCUUUCCGCAAGCUUUGCCUCCGAAUAAUACUCCAGCGGGACACUACAACGCCACGCCGCGUUUCCUUCUCUCGCUACUUGCCACGGCCAUCUACCUCUCUAUUCCUACCUUGGUCGCACAGGCAAUUCAGCUCGCCUUGAGCUCACUUGGUCCACGUACCGUCAUUAGGUACCUGAACUUUGCUAUUGGGAAAGGUAUUGGCGAGAAGACCGAAGAGGACUCUGAAACAGUGCCUGGCUUGGAGAACAUAUGCCAAGAAGUUAGAAGUCCUGGCUCAAUACGUUCCAAGUCUGUACGUUCCGGAGCUUCAAAGCGCUCGAAAGCGCCUGUCUCUCGCACAGUAGAUAGCCAUGCUCCACCCCAGAAGGAAGCCAUGCCAAAUAACGACCCACACACGGACGCAUCUGACUCUGACGCAGAAACAGAUAUGGCACAUGAAGAUGCCGAUGAUGGCCCGGCAUUUAUGUACGGAGCCGCGUCGAACAAAAUAGGCGAAGCUGCUGCGUGUUGGUUGUGCCGUUGGGGUGCGGAUAUGCUGGCUUACGAGGAAGCUGCUGAGUCCGCUGAUGUAUCAUCCAUUGCUGGGCAUGGACAGGAACAGACUGGUCCAUCGCGGCGACGCGCAACAGUCUUACAUGAGGCUGGCCCACCUUCGUUCAAUAGCAUUCCCAGAGAAACUAUUCCGCUUAUCUGGCGGCGGGGAGGUAUGGAUGCGAAAUGGGCAUGUGCGGUAUUGUCUAGCGAUGCCUUCUUCGUAAGAGAUGAGUGGGACAGAUACGAUCUUGCGAGAAAAGUCGUUGAGCUACGGCGGAAGGUCUCUAUUGAGCCAACGGAAGAGAGAGAAUGGGAUAAUCUCUUCGCAAAUGGCAUUCACUAUAUGCAUAUGUCCUUGAAUGAGCUCAUCGAGAUUUCGCAAGACGUCUCACCGACAAACGGACGACCCUACGCCUCAGCCUCCGUCAUCCAAGCCGCACACUGGAAUCAAUCUGUCCUGCGUCAUCAUAUAACUUACAAACAAAAUGCAUCCUCACCCGGUACGCCUCCUCGCUCACCCAACCCUGCACGCGAUGGUUGUCUCGGCUUAAGCCAGACUACCGCUGAGAUCAUCGAGGAGCAUAAUGGUUCUUCGGAUGCGCAUAAGACGUAUUACCGCGUUCCUGUGGACUCGAGUUCGCGCAUUGGCGACACGACAGGGUUGGAGGGGGCCUCGAUGGAUCAACUCUUUGGCUCUCCGGCUCCGACAACUCCAUCGAGUCCCACAACGAAGACUAGUUCUGUAAGGCCUUUCUCGGCACAAUCAAUCAAUACCUUCUUCGGUAUCCUCAGUGUUGCACGAGACGCAGCGGCUUGUGCAGCAGCAGAUACAACCGGUCAAGCUACUUGGGCGCCCUUCCCACCCAUCCGUUUCGGCGUAGAGUUCUGGGGACUCGACUCUUUACAAGAAAAAUCUCGACUCACCUCUCAAACAAUCUGGUACGCAGGAAGCCUGUUCAACGUCUACAUCCAAGUCGUUCGUAAGAAGGGUCUCCAACUCGGGAUGUACGUCCACCGACUUAGCAGUGUAGAGACGAUUCCCAUCCCCAGUGCGCCUCCAAUACACGUGCCAGGUGGAGGGGGAGAAGAACGGAGAUGGACGAUCGUACAACCUGUAAACAUCCCGUCGAGCGUGUCAACGCCUUCACUGUACCGUCCUGCCUCGCGCGGCGGCGCGACGGCGACGAGUGCGCCGUCACGCAGCCCCACACCCGCGUCUUCUUAUUCACCUCCUUCAACCACGUCAGGAGGCAGUACAGGUACCUCCCCCUCAGGCUCCAGCGUCCCAUCCGCACACCAAACCUCUCCACGCCCGCCGACUCAACCAUAUCGUGACCCACGCGAGGCCGUACGCGCACAUUUCACCUUGCUGUGCAUGUCUCCAACUGGUGGAGUGCUAACGACGUUUGCAAGCGCGCCAGACGCUUUCGUCGUCGGGCGGAGCUGGGGAUGGAAAUCAAGCACCCUCCAGACGGAGGAGCUCGUUGACGUUCAUACUGAAGGCGAUACGAGUCCAGUUAGUGCAGCGAGUAGUUAUCUCAAAAGAGAAUGCAGCCUCCGCGCAACGGUGGUCCUCGGCGUCGUCUGAUUUGUCUUCAUCUAAUUUGGGUCUGGUCUUUGUGUGCUAAUACACGUAAUUUUCCUCUAUUUUCUGACUUAUGACCUUCUACAUAUGUGGUCUCGUGACGAAAUUUGCAAACAUCUACCUUUGGAACUCUGUAUUCAUGUAGCAUAAGUAAUUUCAUAUUCCUGUAAUCUGAUGCCAAUCUCGGUUCUAUUUUUGAAACA